AUGGCCUCUAAUAAUUCAACAAUUGUGAAUGAAACCAAGUCAAUUGACACAGUGCCUAUUGUGAAUAAUAUCGAUUCAACCCUUCAUUCAGCCGAGAUUUCGUCUCUUAAAACCGAUCUGAAUCCCAAGAUGGCCCCAAUACCAAACUCUGACCCACCCACUGGUCUAGAUGGAGAAAGAGACAGUAAAAAGCAAUGCACAGAUGUUGCAAGCAACACCCCUGAAAGUGUAGGUGUUCCUGAAGUGAAUAAAAAUACUGUUGUGGACGACCACCUAGCCCUAUUGGCACAAAUCGAACAACUCAAGCAAGAAUUGGCCGCCGCGUUGGAAAGAGAGAAAGCUGAGACUGUCAAGAGGGAAAAAAUCCAGGAAGAGCACGAAACAGACCAAGCUAUCCAAAUCAAAAAUAUGACAAACAUAAUCGAGAAUAACAAUACACUCUCCAAUGAUAUCAAAAACGAAAAGACUAAGGUCCAUGCACAAAAAGAAACAAUCGAAGGUCUGGAGUCUACUGUCAAAUCACAAAAGCAAAAGAUUGAUGAUCUGGAGUCUAUUGUCGCGAAUCAUGAAAGGGAUAUCCAUGAACUCAAAAAGCAGAUCGAUUACUCAGACCACAGACAGAAAGAACUUGAGAAUAACAUGCAAGAGUUUGAGUAUGAAUAUAAGAAGCUUGAUUCUAAGAAUGCAGAUCUCAAGCAUGUACUGGAUACCUGCAAAGCAGAUCUUGAAGCAAAGCGUGCAAGCUACAAGAGCAUGGAGGCUAAUUUUUACUCUUAUCUGCGCUCUAUUCGAGCUACUGAUGAUGACCACUCGACAAUCCAGACAGAAGUAAAGCAAAUAUGCAGUAAACUCAAUAACCUUACCAUGAGUUUGCGCGGUCAUGCAGAUAUUGUGGGCGGGACAUCAUUUGUCCUCAAGCAUUGGCCCGAGAGAGAAGCCGAAAUCCGCGAAUUGCUGAUGACAGACGAAACAACAAAGGAAAAAAAGGACACCCUUGACCUGGGCUUUAUUGCAUUGUUUUUUGAAAAGUACAUUGUUGAUGUAUUUACCAGUCGUAUAUUCAACCAGCCAGUGCAUAUUGGCGUUUCUAUCAACGAAACAUACAAGCAACUAGAUGAGUGGAUGGUCGAGAGAAAUGAGGACUGGGCUGGACGAUUGAGACAGCAGAUGUGUGCUUUGGUGAACAAGCACCCUGGAAAAGAACAGGCUAACAUUGAGGGUGCCAAAAAUGAUGUUGUUACAGAAAUCAUGGUGCAGAUGAAGUUAGUUUACCCUAAUGCAGAUAUGGACAACACCCAAAAGAAGAUUGCAAUGCUUGUUGGUAGAGCUACAAAAGUCAGCAUGGCAAUGAACAGUCAGGAAGUACGGGUUCGGGUAGGCAAGUUUGAUGACGGAAAGACUGAAUACGAUGAGGACAAGAUGCUUGCCGUAAACAAAGGAAAAGCAGGGGGCACUGUCUUUCUCACCAUAAUCCCUCCAUUUGUUGCGCUUGAUGGUUGUAAAGACAAUGUGCUUGUAGCAGGAAAGGUUCUGUGCCUAUAACUUAGGAUUCUUUUUAAUUAUACAAAGAGAGGGAGCAUCUUUAGAGUAAUUAUUGUAUUUAGAGCAUCUGUAGCAGUUUCUUUAUAUAUAUAUAAACUUGUAAUUAUUCUGCCUGCUAUUCAUUCUACUAUCAAUUAUUAUUUUCUCUAUUGGUAAAAUAUAGCCUUAUAUAUAUAUAUUAAAAUGAAUUAUGAUUUUUAAAAGCAAUUUUGGGUUUACUUUACAUGUAAAAUAAACGCUAAAAUGAUGGAAAUGCUCUUACAUU